AGUAAAUGAUGCUAGUUGAUUGAUGUGGUUAUAUUAAUAUAUCUAACUAAUAAUUAUUAUAAUGCCUACUAGAUAUAUUUGCAAAUUAAAUACAUUUGAAUUGACUUUUGAUAAUAAAAACUCAUUUUUAGAUGAUUGUAGUGAACGUAUGCUUCAAACGGACAGUUAGUGUAAAAUGAGGUGUAAUUGAAAUGCAAUACAAUUAGUAAAUGAAUGAUACAUUUGAAGUGUAUUUCAGUAUUUGAAUGAAUGGUUUAAAUAAAGUGUGAAAUUUGCGCCAAAUAUAGACAUAAUAUAAGUGUUAAAAGCAUUGAGUAAUGGAUUGUAUGAUAAGAGGCACACAAAUGGCAAACCGAGUGCUCAUAGACUGCAAAGGUUUGAGUCGUUUGUACGAAAGGUUUGUUGGAUCAGUUGGUUGUCUGAAGACUGGAGCAAUCGGUGGUCGUAUGAUGUCAUCGCAAUCGCAAGCACUGGCCGACUGUAUGUCCCAAUUGGACCCAAAACAGGUGCAACUGCUGGACGAACAGUGUAUUGUAGUCGAUGACAAUGACGUGCCAUUAGAGGCUAAGUCUAAGAAAGACUGUCAUCUCAUGGCUAACAUAGAUAAGGGUCUAAUCCAUCGGGCAUUCAGUGUAAUGCUGUUCAACAGUUCUGGUGAACUCCUGUUAACCCAGAGAUCUGACGCCAAAAUCACUUUCCCCUCGUAUUUCACGAAUACCUGUUGUAGUCAUCCGUUGUAUAACGAGUUGGAAAGGGAUGAGAAGAAUGCCAUCGGAGUGAAGAGAGCCGCGCAGAGGAGACUACAGACUGAACUGGGAAUCGAUUCGCUCAAGAUUCCACUCGAAGACAUCAAAUACAUGACGAGAUUCCUAUACAAAGCGCCUUCCGGUGGCCUUUGGGGCGAACAUGAGAUCGAUUACGCGCUCGUCAUCCAGAAGGACGUCCCCCUAAACCCCGACCCCAACGAAGUCAAGUUCUGUCAUUACGUCUCCAAAGACAAUAUGAUGUCGUUUUUGAAAAAUGAAGAAUUGAAGGGAAAUCAGGUGACGCCAUGGUUUCGGCUAAUGAUUGAGAACUUUCUGUUUGAGUGGUGGAACCAAUUGCACGAUUUGGACAAAUUCCAAGACCACAUCAAUAUUCAUAAAUUACCAUAAGAUAUAUAAGCUAUAUCUCAUUUUAUAUUGAAUUUAAAGUGAAUCUAAUUUUAAUAAAUUGUUAACAUAUCUGAGAAUUAUUACCUAAUUAUAUACGCUAU